AACGCGGUCUCGUUUACUAGCCGGUUCAUUUGGACAACAGUUCAACAUGACAUUUGAAAUAAAGUUGGAAAUUGUUGGUUUGUUAAAAACGCAAAAUUUUCAUGCGGCUAAAAGUGUUGCUGAGGGACUGAAACACAAAUUCCCAGCUUCGUUUGCUGAUCCUACCAUUCGCCCUUUGCUUGAAUGUGACUGGCAUGACUAUAUAACCAAUAAAAGAAAGGAGCUCAGAGGGGAGAUGUGGCAGUACUGCGGUAACGUCUUGUGCUUCCUGAACCACAGUUUACUGGGUGAUGAGAAGCGGCUGUGCAGUUGGGCGGAGACACAGUGGACCUUCACCUUCUACCGUCCACAAGCGCUUUACAUGGCGCUCGCGCAGGAGUGUUACACCAAACACCUGCUCAGCACAGGGCAUAUAUUUGUAUAUAUGGAUGUUGUGAUUGGAGAAGAGGCAAUUGGACGAUUGCUGUUUGAGCUUUUUUCAGAUCUUUGUCCAAAGACAUGCGAAAACUUUAAAGCCCUGUGUACUGGAGAGUCCGGCAUCUCUCCAAGCCGACUCACACUUUGUUAUAAGGACUCCUUAUUCAACAGAGUUGUACCCAAUGGCUGGGUGCAGGGAGGAGAUAUUACACUACAAAGCAGUGGCAAUGGUGGGGAGUCCAUCUAUGGCCCAACGUUUGAAGAUGAGAAUUUCUCUGUGUCUCACAACAAGCGAGGCAUCCUGGGCAUGGCUAACCGAGGUCCCCACACUAACAGCUCUCAGUUCUAUAUCACACUGCAGCCAGCCCUGUGGAUGGACAAAAAAUAUGUGGCCUUCGGGCAAGUUGUUGAAGGCUCAGAGGUUCUCAGAAGGCUAGAAGAGGUGCCCACUUAUAAUGAAAGGCCCAGACAAGACUGCAGGAUAGUCACAUGUGGAUUAUUUGUUCCUUGAUUGAUGGUCGUGGUGUAAGAUUUAAGAAAAGUUUCACUUGUGUUAGCUGUGGUGUAUAUAUCAGGAUCUGACUUCAAAGACUUCACAUUAAUAAUAAACCUGUAGAUAAUAUGUACAUACUCUCUUAAUAAA